GAGAGAGGCCCCGCGUCCGGUGAGCGCGGCCCCGCAGCGAGAGGAGGGAGGGAGGCCGGGCGGGGCGCCGGGCAGGGGGCGGCGGGGCCGGGGCGGGGGGAAGCGGCCGGGCCUGGCCUUGGCCUGGGCCUGGCUCCCCCGCUGAGCGCCCCCUCAGCCCCCCGCUCGCCAUGGGCGUAGAUUUCGACGUGAAGACUUUCUGCCACAACCUGAGGGCCACCAAACCCCCGUACGAGUGCCCGGUGGGCACCUGCCGCAAGAUCUACAAGAGCUACAGCGGCAUCGAGUACCACCUGUACCACUAUGACCACGACAACCCGCCGCCGCCGCAGCACACCCCGCUGCGCAAGCACAAGAAGAAGGGGCGGCAGGCCCGCGCCGCCAACAAGCAGUCGCCCAGCCCCUCCGAGACCUCCCAGUCUCCGGGCAGGGAGGUGAUGACCUACGCUCAAGCCCAGCGCAUGGUGGAGGUGGACCUGCACGGCCGCGUCCAUCGCAUCAGCAUCUUCGAUAACCUGGAUGUGGUGUCCGAGGAUGAGGAGGUGCCCGAGGAGGUGCCUGAGAACGGAAGCAAUAAGGAGAACACGGAGACCCCCAGCGUCCCGCAGAAAUCCGGCAAGCACAAGAACAAGGAGAAGCGUAAGGAUUCCAACCACCAUCACCACAACGCCUCGGCUGGCACCACGCCCAAGCUGCCCGAGGUGGUGUACCGGGAGCUGGAGCAGGACACCCCAGACGCCCCGCCGCGCCCCACGUCCUACUACAGGUACAUCGAGAAGUCGGCAGAGGAGCUGGAUGAAGAGGUGGAGUACGACAUGGACGAGGAAGAUUACAUCUGGCUGGACAUCAUGAACGAGCGGCGGAAGACCGAAGGCGUGAGUCCCAUUCCCCAGGAGAUCUUUGAGUACCUGAUGGACAGGCUGGAGAAGGAGUCCUACUUUGAGAGCCACAACAAGGGCGAUCCGAACGCCUUGGUGGAUGAGGACGCCGUCUGCUGCAUCUGCAACGACGGGGAGUGUCAGAACAGCAACGUCAUCCUCUUCUGCGACAUGUGCAACCUGGCUGUGCACCAGGAGUGCUACGGGGUGCCCUACAUCCCGGAGGGACAGUGGCUCUGCAGACGGUGCCUGCAGUCACCCUCACGGGCCGUGGACUGUGCCCUCUGCCCAAACAAGGGGGGGGCCUUCAAGCAGACGGACGACGGGCGCUGGGCACACGUGGUGUGUGCCCUGUGGAUCCCGGAGGUGUGCUUUGCCAACACUGUCUUCCUGGAGCCCAUCGACAGCAUUGAGCACAUACCGCCCGCGCGCUGGAAGCUGACCUGUUACAUCUGCAAGCAGCGUGGCUCCGGGGCUUGCAUCCAGUGUCACAAAGCCAACUGCUACACAGCCUUUCAUGUCACCUGCGCCCAGCAGGCCGGGCUCUACAUGAAGAUGGAGCCCGUGCGGGAGACUGGGGCCAACGGCACCUCCUUCAGUGUGCGCAAAACCGCCUACUGCGACAUCCACACACCGCCGGGCUCCGUGCGCAGGCUGCCCGCCCUGUCCCACAGCGAGGGCGAGGAGGAGGACGAGGAGGAGGAGGACGAGGGCAAGGGUUGGAGCUCUGAGAAGGUCAAAAAGGCCAAGGCCAAGUCGAGGAUCAAGAUGAAGAAAGCGAGGAAGAUCCUGGCGGAGAAACGAGCCGCAGCGCCCGUGGUGUCUGUGCCCUGCAUCCCCCCCCACAGGCUCAGCAAGAUUACAAACCGUUUGACCAUCCAGAGGAAGAGCCAGUUCAUGCAGAGGCUGCACAGCUACUGGACGCUGAAGAGACAGUCCCGCAACGGCGUCCCCCUGCUCCGCCGCCUCCAGACACACUUGCAGUCACAGAGGAACUGUGACCAGAGAGACACUGAGGAUAAGAACUGGGCCCUGAAGGAGCAGCUGAAGUCAUGGCAGCGCCUCCGCCAUGACCUAGAGCGGGCACGCUUGCUGGUGGAGCUGAUCCGCAAGCGGGAGAAGCUCAAGAGAGAGACGAUCAAGGUGCAGCAGGUAGCACUGGAGAUGCAGCUGACCCCUUUCCUCAUCCUGCUUCGCAAGACUCUGGAGCAGCUGCAGGAGAAAGACACAGGCAACAUCUUCAGCGAGCCGGUCCCUCUGUCUGAGGUCCCGGAUUACCUGGAUCACAUCAAGAAGCCGAUGGACUUCCAGACAAUGAAACAAAACCUGGAAGCCUAUCGCUACCUGAACUUCGACGACUUCGAGGAGGAUUUCAACCUGAUCAUCAACAACUGUUUGAAAUACAACGCCAAAGACACCAUCUUCUACCGGGCAGCCAUCCGCCUGCGGGAGCAGGGAGGUGCUGUGCUGCGGCAGGCUCGCCGGCAGGCUGAGAAGAUGGGCAUUGACUUUGAGACAGGCAUGCACUUCCCUCACUGCGUAACGGCGGAAGAGGCUCAGGUCCAAGACAUCGAGGAUGAAGAUGUGCGGCUGCUGCUCUCGGAGAACCAGAAGCACCUCCCUUUGGAGGAGCAGCUCAAGAUCCUGCUGGAGCGGCUGGAUGAGGUCAACGCCGGCAAGCAGAGCAUCGGCCGCUCCCGGCGCGCCAAGAUGAUCAAGAAGGAGAUCACGGUCCUGCGCAGGAAGCUCGCCCACCCGCGGGACCUGGGCCGGGACGGGCUGGAGCGGCACGGCUCCUCGGCCAGGGGGGGCCUGCAGGCACACAACCCCUGCGAGAAGGACCUGCAGACAGACAGUGCUGCCGAGGAGAGCAGCAGCCAGGAGACGGGCAAAGGUCUGGGUCCCAAUUCUUCUUCCACCCCAGCACAUGAAGUUGGCAGGAGGACCUCAGUGCUCUUCUCCAAGAAGAACCCUAAAACUGCAGGACCUCCAAAGCGCCCGGGCCGCCCCCCGAAGAACCGAGACAGCCAGAUCACCCCUGGGCACGGCAGCAGCCCCAUCGGGCCCCCCCAGCUCCCCAUCAUGGGCUCUUCCCAGCGGCAGAGGAAGCGAGGGCGAAGCCCACGGCCCAGCUCCAGCUCAGACAGCGACAGUGACAAGUCCACUGAAGAUGCUCCCAUGGAUCUGCCAGCCAACGGUUUCAGCAGCGGGAACCAGCCGGUGAAGAAGAGCUUCCUGGUGUACCGCAACGACUGCAACCUGCCCCGCAGCAGCUCCGACUCCGAGUCCAGCAGCAGCAGCAGCAGCAGCGCUGCCUCAGACCGCACCAGCACAACACCCUCCAAGCAGGGCCGAGGGAAACCCUCCUUCUCCCGAGUGAACUUCCCGGAGGACAGCAGCGAGGACACGUCGGGGACAGAGAACGAAUCCUACUCCGUGGGCACGGGGCGAGGCGUGGGGCACGGCAGUAAGUGGGGUGGCUGGGGGCUGUCACUGUCACCCAGGGUGGCAGCAGCUGACUCUCCUCUAACCCCAAUCUCCUCCGGCCCAGUGGUGCGCAAGGGCAUGGGCCGUGGUGCGGGCUGGCUCUCCGAGGAUGAGGAUUCCUCCCUGGAUGCUCUGGACCUGGUGUGGGCGAAGUGCCGGGGGUACCCCUCCUACCCCGCGCUGAUCAUCGACCCCAAGAUGCCGCGGGAAGGCAUGUUCCACCACGGCGUCCCCAUCCCUGUGCCCCCCUUGGAGGUGCUGAAGCUGGGGGAGCAGAUGACUCAGGAAGCACGCGAGCACCUCUACCUUGUCCUCUUCUUUGACAACAAGCGCACUUGGCAGUGGUUGCCCAGGACCAAACUGGUACCACUGGGGGUGAACCAAGACCUGGAUAAGGAAAAAAUGCUGGAAGGUCGGAAGUCCAACAUCCGGAAGUCGGUGCAGAUCGCCUACCACCGCGCCAUGCAGCACCGCAACAAGGUGCAGGGCGAGCAGAGCAGCGACUCCAGCGAGAGCGACUGAGCGGGGCCCCCCCCUCGACGGCCGCUCCCCGCCGAAUCUCAGGGCAAACGGGGCUCGGGGGGGGGGGGGGGGGGUCCCGUGCAGCUGGUCUGCACCCGCCGGGCUGGGAUGUCACCGUCCCGGUGCCCGCUCCCGCCGCGCCCCGCCGUUGCUGUGUUCCGGCUGCACACACGCGGCCCCCCCCCCGCCCCAGCCCCCGGCCGGCCCCGCGUUCGGACGUUGUUUGUAUUUAUUUUGAAGGAAGAAAAAGAA